UAGUCCUGACCCGGCCCAAGCGUUCAUUAUCCCGAGGUCAGACGCACAAGCUAGGAGACUCUAAUUCCCAGGGGGCAGAGCGAAGGCCGCGCCUGCGCGUUCUCCUCGGGAGGGCGUGUGUGUAUGUCUGUGUGUGAGAGGGGUAGGGAGAGAGAGUGUGUGAGUGAGAGUGUGCGGGGUAGGGUGGAGGCCGUUACGUUCGGGGCAACGGCUACGACAGUGAAGAAGCAAUAAGAGAAGCGGCGGCCAGCGCUUCCGCCUUCACUUAGGUGUCGGUGGUAGGGCUGAUAGAGAGAGGAGAGCGAGUCCCCCGUCAGGCGAGCCGGGGCCUGGGCCGGACUGUUCGGGGCCGGUGGGGAUCGGGGCUAUGAGCCUUUGAGGGGUCGCCCGGGGCGCGGAGCGAGACCCGAGAGCGGAGAGCGAUGUCUCAGCCGCCGCCGCCACCGCCUCCCCCUCCUCCUCCUCCUCCCCCCCCCGAGGCGCCGGCGGCGGCCGCUGCUGCUGCUGCGGCGGCUCAGGGGGGGCUCGCGAAGCGGAAAGACCGACGCAUCCUGUCCGGGAACUGCCCAGACCCGAAGUGCCAGGCGCGUUUGUUCUUCCCGGCCUCUGGCUCGGCCAGCAUCGAGUGCACGGAGUGCGGGCAGCGGCACGAGCAGCACCAGCUGCUGGGGGUGGAGGAGGUGACCGACCCGGACGUGGUCCUGCACAACCUGCUGCGGAACGCGCUGCUCGGGGUGACGGGGGCCCCCAAGAAGAACACAGAGCUGGUGAAGGUGCUGGGCCUUUCCAACUACCAUUGCAAAUUGCUGUCUCCCAUUCUGGCCCGAUAUGGGAUGGACAAGCAGACGGGCAGGGCCAAGCUGCUCCGAGACAUGAAUCAGGGCGAGUUGUUUGACUGCGCCCUGUUGGGCGACCGCGCCUUUCUCAUUGAGCCCGAGCAUGUCAACACUGUGGGUUAUGGCAAGGACCGCUCUGGAAGUCUGCUCUACUUGCAUGACACCCUCGAGGACAUUAAGAGGGCCAACCGGAGUCAGGAGUGCUUGAUUCCAGUGCAUGUAGAUGGGGAUGGUCACUGCUUGGUGCAUGCUGUGUCCCGGGCUCUAGUGGGCCGGGAGCUAUUCUGGCAUGCGUUGAGAGAGAAUCUUAAGCAGCACUUUCAGCAGCACCUGGCUCGAUAUCAAGCCCUCUUUCACGACUUCAUUGAUGCUGCCGAGUGGGAGGACAUUAUUAACGAAUGUGACCCCCUUUUUGUGCCACCUGAGGGUGUCCCCUUGGGAUUGAGGAACAUUCAUAUUUUUGGCCUUGCCAAUGUGCUACACCGGCCCAUUAUUCUCCUGGAUUCCCUCAGUGGCAUGAGAAGCUCUGGAGACUAUUCUGCCACUUUUCUUCCCGGGCUCAUCCCAGCAGAGAAGUGCACUGGUAGAGAUGGCCAUCUGAACAAACCAAUCUGCAUCGCAUGGAGUAGUUCUGGGCGAAACCACUAUAUUCCUUUGGUUGGUAUAAAAGGGGCUGCUUUACCCAAACUGCCCAUGAAGCUACUUCCUAAAGCAUGGGGAGUGCCUCAGGACCUCAUUAAAAAGUAUAUUAAACUUGAGGAGGAUGGUGGGUGUGUGAUUGGAGGAGACAGGAGUUUGCAGGACAAAUACUUAUUAAGACUUGUGGCUGCUAUGGAGGAAGUCUUCAUGGACAAACAUGGUAUUCAUCCUAGUUUAGUUGCAGAUGUUCAUCAAUAUUUCUAUAGGAGAACUGGGGUAAUAGGAGUUCAACCUGAAGAAGUAACGGCAGCUGCUAAAAAAGCAGUGAUGGAUAAUCGCCUUCACAAGUGUUUGAUCUGUGGUGCCCUUUCAGAACUUCAUGUCCCUACUGAGUGGUUGACUCCAGGAGGGAAACUGUACAACCUGGCCAAAAGUACCCAUGGACAGCUGAGGCCUGACAAAAAUUAUAGCUUCCCUUUGAACAAUCUGGUAUGCUCAUAUGAUGCAGGGAAGGAUGUUCUGAUCCCAGACUACAGUUUGAGUAAUUUAACAGCUUGUAAUUGGUGCCAUGGCACAUCAGUGCGAAGAGUAAGAGGUGAUGGUUCUGUUGUGUAUUUGGAUGGGGACAGAACUAAUACCAGGUCCACUGGUGGUAAAUGUGGUUGCGGAUUCAAACAUUAUUGGGAAGGUAAAGAAUAUGACAAUCUCCCUGAGGCUUUUCCUAUUACUUUGGAAUGGAGUGGAAGAGUGGUCAGGGAAACAGUGUAUUGGUUCCAGUAUGAAAGUGAUGUGUCUUUGAAUAGCAAUGUUUAUGACGUUGCAAUGAAACUUGUUACCAAACAUUUCCCUGGUGAAUUUGGGAGUGAAAUCUUAGUUCAGAAAGUUGUCCACACUAUAUUACAUCAGACAGCCAAAAAGAAUCCUGAUGACUAUACUCCUGUAAAUAUAGAUGGUGCUCAUGUCCAGAGAGUUGAGGAUGUACAACAUGGGCAAGAUUUGGAAUCUCAACUUCCAACUAAAAUUAUUCUUACUGGGCAGAAAACAAAAACUUUGCACAAGGAGGAAUUAAAUAUGAGCAAAACUGAAAGAACUAUUCAACAAAACAUUACGGAACAAGCUUCUAUAAUGCAGAAACGGAAAACUGAGAAGUUAAAACAAGAACAAAAAGCCCAGCCAAGGACUGUUUCCCCAAGCAUCAUUCGUGAUGGCCCAUCUUCUGCUCCUGCUACACCUACCAAGGCUCCUUAUUCACCUGUAUCUACUAAGGAGAAGAAAAUCCGUAUAACAACAAAUGAUGGGCGGCAGUCCAUGCUUACACUCAAACCCUCAACAACCUAUUUUGAACUUCAGGAAAGCAUAGCCAGAGAAUUUGAUAUUCCUCCAUAUUUACAAUGUAUUCGAUAUGGUUUUCCUCCUAAAGAGCUAAUGCCCCCCAAAGCUGGAAUGGAAAAGGAGCCUGUGCCCUUACAACAUGGUGACAGAAUAACCAUAGAAAUUCUAAAAGGUAAAGAAGAAGGUGGUCAGCCUGGUGCAGCACACUCAGCACACACUGUGAAACAUGAAGAUAUUGCUGUUACUAGCAAAAUAUCUUCUAAGGAACUUCAGGAGCAGACUGACAAGGAAAUGUACUCCUUGUGUCUUCUGGCAACAUUAAUGGGAGAAGAUAUCUGGUCUCAUGCGAAAGGACUUCCUCACUUGUUCCAACAGGGUGGGGUGUUCUACAACAUAAUGAAGAAAACCAUGGGUAUGGCUGAUGGCAAGCAUUGCACUUUUCCACAUCUUCCUGGUAAAACCUUUGUCUACAAUGCUUCAGAAGAUAGAUUGGAAUUGUGUGUGGAUGCAGCUGGGCACUUCCCUAUUAGUCCUAAUGUUGAAGAUUCAGUGAGAGAGGCUUUAAGUCAGGUUCGGGCAGAGACUACUUCAAGAAGUCGAGAAUCAAGUCCCUCACAUGGUCUCUUGAAAUUAGGUAGUGGUGGAGUAGUGAAAAAAAAAUCAGAACAACUGCAUAAUGUAACUGCCUUCCAAGGAAAAGGGCAUUCUCUUGGAACUGCGUCUAGUAGCCCUCUCCUUGAUCAGAGAGCUAGAGAAGGUCCAGUUGUCAGAAAACAUAGUACAGGAACAGAUUUUGCGGCUAGUUCUGCAAAACCAGAUCCUUCUGUAUUUACAGCACCUCCUGGUAAUAGUGAGCUUAUUCGGAUAGCUCCUGGAGUAGUAACAAUGAGAGACAGCCGGCAGCUGGAUCCUAAUUUGAUUGAAGCCCAGCGAAAAAAAUUGCAGGAAAUGGUUUCAUCUAUCCAGGCUUCAAUGGACAGGCACUUACGAGAUCAGAACACAGAACAGUCACCAACUGAUUUUCCUCAAAGGAAAGUAGAAGUUGUAAGUUCAUCUGCAAAAUCUGGGAGUUUUCAGGCUGGCUUACCUGAAUCUUUUCCUGUAACUGGUGGUACUGAGCAUUUGAAUGCAGAAACAACUGGUGGAAAUGUGGCAAGUGCAAUGGGAACAACGUUUGCUACAAGGUCAAAAGCACAAAAAGGAAAUUCUGUGGAUGAGCCUGAAGAGAUGGAUAGUCAAGAUGCUGAAAUGACUAAUGCAACUGAGCCAAUGGAUCAUUCUUGAUUAGUGAGGGGCUAAUAAGGGCAGAAUGUUUAUUGUGAAUAUGUAAUGUUGUUGGCUGGGCCACAUACAUGAUUAGUCAUUUAAAAGAAAAAAUCUUGUAUGUAUAUUUCAAAGAUUAUAUCUUGUUCUUCAGUGCAUGAUAGCAAGUGUGUGAUUGGCAAUAGCUUUUAAUAUACUCCUGCCCAGGCUGGCUCUGAAUUACCUGUAAAUUAGUUAUUAGAAGAUGCACUGAGAAUGAGUUUCUGCUGUAGAUGUGGGUAAUUGAAAGUUCUUUGUAAUUUUAAUUCCAUGAGAGUCUUAAUUCUUUAAACAUGUGAAAGUUCUCUUGCUAAGUAUGUUUAAGAUUACUGAAAAAGCUAGAACUGGGCAAAAAAUUAAAUUUGUUGAAGUUAAUGUUAUUCCAAAUAACUAUCCCAGACAUUUAUUAUAGUGUAAAAAUAUGUUUAUGUAAAUCUGAGAGCAACCAGAACUGAACUGUAUAUUAAAAUUCAUAAUACAGUAUAUUAGACACUUUAUAUGAACCUGAUAUUUCCUUAGAUUUAAAUACAUUCAUAGAGCUAUGUAUUCUUGAUUAAAAUAACUUGGAAAUAGAGUGUAAUAUACAGUUUUUGCCACUUGAGCAAGGUUAAAACAAAAAAGCUAUUCUAGAAGGAUAAAGUGAAUUUGAUUCCGUUAUGUUACUGUCUGAAUCAACACAGCCAGUAGGGUGCUUCGUUACACGGUAGCAUGUUAAUAUUGUCUCCUGAAUCUUAAGCAAGGCAAAUGCCACCUCAUUUUUUAAUCUCACAGGUUGGUUAGAAAGUGUUGUGAUAGGAAGUACAACAGAUAAUGGUAGAUAUAGUUAUAUGAUCUCCAAUUUUCAAAGUUUGUCAGUCACAGAGAACUUAUAAAAUGAGAAUUAUUCUUUAUUAAUGAGUUGCUUUGUUCUAAAAUUUUGAUCAUUGGUAUUUUAAGCUUGGAUAUGCUAAGUGUCUGUUGAAAUUUCUUGGAGACAGGAAAUGUUUCCUUUUUUUUUGUAUGUGUGCCCAUAGGAUCAUUAUUUGUUGGCUUCACUUGAAUUUGUGAUGCAAAUUUUCCUGCAUCAUACCCUGAUCAACUUGGCAUUCACUUAGUGUAUUCAUAAAAUCUUUAGUGCCAGCUUCCUUGAGAAGCAGAUGUUGUGCUUAUUCCAUAAGACAAAGAAUGUUUAUCUUGACAUUGGUAUUGCACUAUUUUACCUCCUUAUCCUGCAGAUCUGCAUUUUGUAAUGUGCAUUUUGUUUUACAUUCUUCCUCUGCUCACUGAAAUUAAGUUGAAUUUGAAUGGAUGAAAGACAGAAUGUAUAUUAAUACAAUCUUCUCUAGAGCAUUGAAGGCCUGAGUGUCUCUGUUUGCACAUAUAACAGGUCCAUGAAAAUUAUAUUCUGAGUUCCACAGGUUUAUCUUAUCAGAUAUCUAAAAAUCUUUUUUUUUUUUUGUCAUACGGAAUUUGGGCAUUUUAUAGUGUUUCUCAGUAAACGAGGUUCUCUUUGUGAAAGUACAUCAGUUAAAGUCACUUAAUUUCAGAGAAUCAGAACACUUUAAAACUAAACUGAGUGAGGCAUAUUUGGGUUUAAUUUUAUCAAGGUUUUUUUUUUAAUUUGGAAACUUUCAGGUUUUUCGGUUUCUAAAAUUUACUUAGAAGAAUUUGUCUUUCUGCAGAUCAGAGAGUAGGUUGAGGGAGAUUUAUAACUAUUUUAUAGUGUGUACUAUUUUUGCAUAAAGUGUGAAAUAUAACCACCAAGUAACAUUUCACAUUUGGCCAUAAGAACUUUUAUGUAUAAAUCCUCAGUCUACGGUAUCUAUCCACAAUAAUUAUUUUGGCUUUCUUGGUCACUAAAAUGUACAUUUCCUCUUCUUUUACCACAGGGAAACUGUCUAACAAGGUAAUUCCUUGCUUCCAGGUAAAUCAGAGAAUCACCUUUUCUUGAAAACAGAAAUAUUUUCUUCACUUGUGACUGUGUGUUGGCUUGAUGACUUACAAAUCCUGUUUGAAUAUAAAGUAGAAAAACAAAACAAAGUUAACCUAUUAAGUUUUCAUGCUUAUCUAAUGUGAAUCAGAAUGUACAUGCAAAAGCAGGAAUUUAGUCAUAACCUCAGACAUCUUAUUAAUUUUUGUUGCUACAGCACGGCUGCUUACAUUACACUGAUGUAUGGACAUUAGACUGGUAGUUUGGGUUCUCUUGUGUUUAAAGAAUAAAAAGUUUGGCUCUGAAGUGAUCAGAUUCGUAGAAAUGAUUUUACCUCAGCUGAGGUCUUGAAUGGUGUAGGUGCUGCCUUUUUUUAGAGAUAAGCAAAAUGACACAUCUUCACUAAGUCUCACAGCUGAGGUUCUUUACACUUAUUUUGUCUUAUUCUGUUAAAUUAUAGCCAUUCUUUUUCUUUUAUGUGUACAAUAAUCAAAUAAGUUGCUGUAGAAUUAAAUAUUAUCUUAGUCCUGCCUUUUGUGAUAGCAUGGAAAUCACUGGAAAUGAUCACCAAACUUUUACUUUGUGAGCUGGAAAGUCUUUGCAGUGGUCAUUGUGUUUGAUUUUUAUGUCCUCUUAGAAGUUAUGCCAUAACUUUCGGUUAACUUUUCAAACUCAGCUUUAUUUUAUAAUCCUUAGUCUGGUUGAAAAUUUACAUUAAUUUCUAUAUUUUCUUCCUUAAUUAUUUUUCUUGUAGGUAAACUUAUCAUGUUUGUGUUAAUGGUCCAAGUUCAGAUAUCUUAAAGACUACCAGAAUAUGGGGAAACCAGUUGAAAUUUUAAAACUCAUACAUAACAGUACAGCACAAUACCAUAGAGUCUAUAUUAACGAUGAGGGGAUGAUACAUUAAAAAAUAAAUUUAAAGGCCUAAAACUUAUUGUUUUUCCUAUCAUUAUGCUUCUAAUAUUCCUUUGGAAGGUGUGAUGUAGCCAAGAAAUUUAGCAGCUGCUCUUGGUUAUGGAAGGUAUGAAGGUAAUUUCUUUCUUUGUAGCAGUAUCCCCACCUCUCCCCCACCCCCACCCCCCCAAAAAAAUCAGGCUUACUGCUUACCAUUGAGACGUGACUGAAAAACAGCUGUGGUUCUGGACAAGCAUACUACCUUAUAUAAAGAUCUCUGCACUACCAGUACUGACUCAUAUAUGAUCUAAUUUCAAAAGUACCCAGUUAAAUGGGAGGUGAGCAGUAGUUUUGUGCAGGGUUUUUUACCUCAGGGAACGUCAUUUGCUAAAGUUUCUUAUACCAGUCAGUAUUGACAUUAUUGAAGAUCACUGACAUCAUUUGUUAGCCGCAAAAUGGAAAAGUUUAUAACAGUAUUAUUUUAUAUGGUUAACUACUAAUAUAUGCUGCUAGCGAACAUUUCUCUACAAAUUAACACUUAGUAAUGUUUGGAUCUUUAGAUUAAAACAGUAAUAUGCCACUUCUCUUAUUCACAUGAGAACUUGACAAUAUGUUAACUUGAAUACUUUUUAUGCAAUCAUAAAAUCUCCCCACCCCCAAAUCAUAUAAUUUUGUUUGUAAAGCCAUUCCAAGAGGACUUAAUUUGUCUCAUUAAUGAAAUACUGCAGAGAAGAAUUUGAGAUUAAAAAAAAAAUUCUCAUAGGACUCAAUUUACAUUUGGGCUAUUUUUCUCCCCAUCAAACAACUGUACCAUGGGCUGAAUUCCAACCAUUUUGCAAUAGAAUUUAAAAUGGCUUUCAAGAGUUAGUGACAAAAUAGAUAUUCUGAAUAAGAUUGGUAGAUUCUGGUUUGCAAGAGGAUUAUUAGAUCAGUUUUACAAAAUUACAAAAUUUACAAAAUCUUGUCCUAGUGCCCAUCAUUAUUAUCAUUAUUAAUUCCACAAGAAAUGUAUUAUUUUGAGGAUGAGAAGACCCAGAACUGUUCAUUUAAAAACAAAUCAUAAUAUUUAAAUGUAUACUUAGUAAAAUAAAAUAACAAAGGGUACUACCAACAUGAGAUUUGCCAAGUAACUUAGCAAGUUCAGCCAUUUUUGACAAUACAUAGAAAUGCAAAAUGUUUUAAUUCAUAUGUUAGGAUUAUCAAAUCGUGAGAGUUUUUAGCUUUGUUCCAAAACAGCAGGAAUCAUACAAAAUGUGAAAUUACUGAAGAAAAUGCCAUUACUUGUAUAUUUGACAUUUAAAUUUUUUAAAAUUAUGGAAUCUAUAUGCUUUUUAUAGUACAAUAUUAACAUGAUUAUUCUCAUGUAAAAGAAAAGGAAAACUAGUUGAACUUUUUAGUUGAUGUUAAUUUUUCCUUGUCAAUAUCAGCUACUUAGUAUUUUACAUUUUAAGAUCUUACAUCCUUUCUAAAAUGCAGAAUCCAUUUUUGAGCCUUUAUGCCUGUGGUAGAGCAAUAAAAGACUGAAAAAGUUAUUAGUAUUUUCAGGUUUAUUUGACUUUGAGGAUUAUUGCCAAGAACUAAUGAGUGCACUUUUUGGAGGGAAAUGUUAUUUAAAAUAUGUAUAAAUAAGAAGUAAUAGUGUAUAUAUUUAGAAGACAGCAAGUGCUUUAAGUGUGACUAAAAGAAAUUAGCAUAGAAGUUAUACCAUCCCUACAGCACUGGUUGUUAUUCAGCACGUUUUGAUUUGUUUUAUUUGUGAUUGCUGUAUUAAUUACAUAUGGGUUUUUUAAAUCUGUAAUGUAAUAAUAGUGUAUUAUAACAGUAUAUAGUGUACCAUAUUACACUUGACUGUACAGUACUUGGAGUUUUCUUUGAUUGCUAUAUUAAAAUUAUAAGUUAAAAUAUGCUGCUUUUUUCCCCAACUUUUCCAUAUUUCACAAGUUUUGGUAAUCAUUUUUAAUUCUUAAGUUUCCUUGGAAUUAUGCCUUAAUAUUUUGCAGAUGAAAAAAUAUUUGGAUACUCUGAAAUAAUUGUUACUGCAUCAAAGGUUGUUUUAUAUUCUUCUGUAAGUUAAGUAUUAUAAAGAGACAAGUAUUUAAAACAUUUUUUUCCUCUAAAUGCAGAUUUAGUUGUAGAAUUUUAGAAACCUGAUUUUUAAAUCAGGAGGAAAAAAAGUUUAGAACUGUUAGCCAUAAAGUAAGGGUUAUACUGGCUCUGAAAUACCAUAUAAGGCAAACACUUAAAAAAAUAACAAUGACGAAAUUGCUAUUAGUAGGGAAUUAUUAACCAUUUUUGUGUCUUGGACUCCUUUUUUAAUAUUGUUAUGAAGCCUUUAGAGCUCAUCUUAGAAUGUUUUUAAAUGCAUAAGAUGAAUAGGAUUACAAAGAGCCAAUUAAAUGAAAAUAGUUAUCAAAGUAUUUUUUAGAAAUUAAUAAGCCCCAGGUUAAAAAUCCCUGCUUUAAAGUCAGAACUUUGAUUUCGUGUUUUUAUAAAAUUGGAUUAAAGACAUGACAAUUAAAAAGAAUAUGAGCUAUUUAGUGUUAGGCUACAUAUUUUUCUCAACUAAUCAGCAAUAUUGAAUUCUGCUUUUGUCUAAGCAAUAACUUUACGUUCUAAAAUACAUUAUAGUAGUAAUUUUUGAUAAGUGAAUCUGUUGCCUUAGUAUUGUUUUGUAUGCCCAUCAGAAUAAACAGUGCAAUAGUAUUGAGUUAGCAUGUUUAAUGAAGUAGUCAUAAGGAAAUAACUUAUUUAAAUAAUUUGAUAUUUCAUUUAAGUCUAAAAUUUUACUUAAGUCAUUUAUGGUUGAUAAUUAUUGGAAUAAAGCUGAUAUUUUAUGUAUCUUUAAAUCUUUAUAUAUAAUGGUUUUAUGACUAAUCCUUUAACUUUUUCUACUGACUAUAUAUGGUUUAAACUUAAUGAGAACACAGUGAUAAAUGUCAGAAGCAUGAAUUAGAUCACGGAUCUGUUAGCUUUAUUGCCCUUGUAACCUAGACCAGCCUCCCUACCAAUGGUCAUUUGCUGUCCUAUUCAAAAUCACUCUGUGCCAGUUAAUCAGGCUUUAAAGACCUGGUAUUUAUCUCAAAGGAAGAAAAAGCUUACAAGGCAGUGUAGUUGACCCACAAACCCAUCAUCUAUUCAGAAGGAUUAGUAUUCGGAUAAUAUUCUUUGCCACUGGGUAUUUCAGAUCUAGUUAUGUGUCACCUUAGGGGACACUAUUCAUCAAAAUUAAAAAACAAAAUCUAGUGGUAUGUGAAGAAAUUGUUUUCUUAAGUUGUAUAGAAUUCACAGAUCAGCAAUUAUGAGAAUGCUUAAACUUUGUUGUUGAGGUUUUUUUCCCCUAUUCCCAGGGUCUGGCCUACAUGAGUCUUAUAUAAUCAUUGACCUGAGGUCAAAUAAAUGCAUAAAAAUCUCAGGAUUUAUACCAGGCUUACAUAUUGGUGAGUUCUGUUUGUAGGGAAAGAAAAGAAAUAUUACAAGAUAUGGGUGGAAAGUAGUGAGACUUGCUUGUGGAGUCUCAUUUGUAGUCACCUUGUUAGGUGAACAGGAAGCUUGGUAACAUUGUUGACAGACUAGAAUAAUUUCAAGGAACAUGAUAUAAAAUUUCUCCUUGGUGAUUUAAUGGCUGGUUUAUGCAAUAUAAAUGAUAACUUGUUGCUGUGGUAAGAGAGGAAAUUAAAUAGAUGGUAUAAAUCCUGUGUAGCUCAAUCCCAGCUAUAUUUUCAUAUGCUGAUUCUAAGAUGCUUAUGUGAAUACCCAAUAUUCAGAUUCUUUAUGAGCAACAGAAUACUUAAUUAGUUUGUCCCAAUUUGCAGUGGAUAAUUAGGCUUAAAAUAUAAGAAAGGAAAACUGAUGCUAAUUGUUGUUUAUUCAUAGGCCAGUGAGUGCAUGAAUCAUGCAUGUUAAUUCUCCUUAGAGAUCUUUACAUAGGUCCAGGUUUACAUAAUAAAUCCUUUUGUCUAAUAUGGUACUAUGGAAGAGGGGAUGGGAUUUCAUACAACUUUUUGUACUUGUUUUUCAGAUAAAUAGAAAGCUGCAGCAGGUCUUUCUUUCUGUCAGCACUUGUCAUGUGGGUAUGGAUUUACUAUUAGACAUAGAUUUUAGACACAACUGUGAACUCUUAAUUGGUAAUGUUGAAGUUCAAAAUUCUAUAACUUGUCAACUUCUUAUGCUAUAGAUGCUUCCCUCAGAGUGCCCCUGAAAAUCACUGAAACACUUAGGUACAUAGUUUCACAUAUUUUGAAUUUAUUUUAAUUUGCACACCAGUGACAAUUCCUUAUUGCAGAUUUAGGGAAACUUUUUACAGCUCUUCUUGUCCAACUUCCCACUUCCUAGUAGCUUGCAGCCUUCUCUCCUUGACCCCUUCUUUUUUCUUAUUGGAAUGACCGGCCCCAUUUUCUUCACUCUUCCUUUCCUCUUCUAGGAGAGGUUGUACGAUAUUUCAGAAAGCUG